AUGUCAAUCACUGGCAACCUCUUUAAUUUGUCAUUGGAUGAUAUUAAUUACAAUAUAGAUACUGAUUUAGUUGGAAAUGGAUCAUUUGGUGCUGUCUACAAAGCUACACUAAAAGGCCUGAGAGUUGCAAUCAAAAUUCCACACAAUGAUAUGAAUUGUGAGGAAGUUACGUCUUAUCUUAAAGAAAUGGAAAUAAUGAAAGAAUCACAUUCUCCAAAUGUUGUUUUAUUUAUUGGAGUUGUACCUUCGGAUACCAAACCACUCUUUGUGACAGAAUUUGUGUCAUGUAAUUUAAACCGUUUCAUCCAUGAACGUGACAAACUGCCAAAUGGUUACUCCAAACUACCACUUGACUGUUAUAGUAAAGUCGAUUUGUUUUACCAAUGUUGUUUGGGAAUACAAUGGCUUCACAACAAACUUAAUAUCAUCCACAGAGAUAUCAAGCCAUCAAACUUUUUGAUUGAUGAGAAGGAACAAGUUAAAGUCUGUGACUUUGGCUUUGCUGUAAAAGUUACAAAGAAAAAGGGCGACAUGAAAUGCACUCCUUUAUAUGCGGCUCCAGAGGUCUUAGAAUCUAAAAAGGCGAUUGGAAAGGAGUCCGACAUAUACAGUCUUGCAAUGACUGGAUAUGAACUCUUCUAUGAGAAAGAACCAUUUUUUGAACACAAUGAAAUUGAUAAUAUUGACAUCCUGUUACGGGAACUUAAGAAUGGAAUUCGCCCAAUACUUCCUCAUCGUGUUUUGAACACUAAAAAUUGCCCAAGUGAUAUAGUGGACAUGAUGAAAAUACAUUUUGAAGACCUCAUUGACCAGAUCCCAAGUGAUGCAGAUAAUAUAUUCAAUACGGCUUGGGACUCUGAUGUUAAAAAGAGGCCCGAUAUCAAUAAACUUGUUGACACCAUUCGUUUGUUGAAAAUGAAGAGUGCUAAAUUAGACGACUCCGCAGUGGAAUUCUGGAAUAAAAACUUUUUGAAAAACGGCCGAUACGUCUUUUCUGUAUAUACUGAGCAAUUUGUUGAAGUUAUUUUAAAGUUGGUAAAACCGAAAAAAUGCAAUACCAAUGUUUUAAUAGACAAUUUGGGUAAAUCGGGAGAAGUGGAUUUGAAAAGGUUUCAAUUUUUAAUUCUUCAAUUUGGGAAUUUUUAUGAAGACAAAAAAGCAUUUGAAAAGAUGGAGGAGGUUUUCGAAGCCGAUUGGUGGUUUGGUAAAAUCACCAUGAACGACACGUUAAAACAAUUGAAAGACCAAGAAGAUGGCGUUUUUCUUGUACGAGAAAGUAAUCGUUUAUAUGACUACCCAUUCACCAUCUCAUUAAAAGAAAAUGGAAAUACAAUACAUAUAAGAUUGGGUGCGAAAAGAGAAGAUAAGAAAAAUGAUGUGCUUUAUUAUUUUAAUUUGAAAACUGUUGUUGUCAAGAAAAACACAAUUGGGGAAAUGUUGGAUGAACUUAAAAAACGUAAAAGAAUUACUUAUGCGUGUCCCAGAGAGAUAGUAGAUACAAUUUAUUAA